GAACUGUUAGGGCCGCUGUUGCCUUGACUGUGGAAGCUUGAGAGUGUGAUUAUAACAGCACCUCCCAUGUCCAUUCGCCAUUAUGAGGACGGCCAAAGACGAGUAAAGAACAGUAAAUCGACAUAAACGUCGUGUUUUGUAGAUUAGGAACUUUUGUACUCUUCGUUCUCUUGAUUGUGGAGAAGCAACAUUGACGUUUAACAUCAGAAAACAACUACUCUAUUGAAAGGAUUCAUACAAAAGGAUACGCUUUUUUGGAGGAAAUAUUACCACAGAACAAUGAACCGACGGGCGAUUCUAUUUUUCUGUCUCGUUUCUCUGAGUUCGGUGACUGGACAAGUCACCUACACAAUUCCAGAGGAAAUGGCGAAAGGCUCUGUAAUCGGCAACAUCGCACAGGAUUUAGGUUUAGAAACAAAACGAUUAAUUUCUGGUAAAGCUCGUAUUUAUACUCGGGGGAGUGACGAGUACAUCGAGCUGAACAGAGACAGAGGAGUCCUCCUUGUUAAAGAGAGAAUCGACAGGGAGACGCUCUGCGGACAGACGACGCCUUGUGCUUUACAUUUUCAGGUUAUUUUGGAAAACCCGAUGGAGUUUUACAGCGCUACAGUUCAGAUUACUGAUGUUAACGAUAAUGCUCCGACAUUUGAAGAAAUAAAGGUGGAGUUUAAAAUCAGCGAAUCAGCUGUUAUUGGAUCUAAAUUUGUGCUGGAACCAGCAGUCGAUCUUGAUGUUGGAAUUAAUGAUCUUAAAAGGUAUGAAUUGAAACCAACAGAUAAUUUUGUUUUAAAGCUACAUAAUAACGCUGAUGGGAAUAGAAAUGUUGAGAUGGUGUUGCAGAAACCUUUAGACAGAGAGAAACAGGAACAUAUAUCUCUAGUGUUAACGGCUUUAGAUGGAGGAGAGCCGCAGUUGUCAGGGACAAUGCAGAUUGACAUUACAGUUUUAGAUGUAAAUGAUAAUGCUCCUGUUUUUACUCAGCCUAUUUAUAAGACUAUAGUUACUGAAAAUUCACCUACAGGCACAGUUGUUUCCACUGUGACAGCGUCAGAUGCAGAUGAGGGUUCUAACGGUAAAAUAACAUAUUCAAUUGGAAAUACAGAUGAUGUCAAAAGAGUAUUUAGCAUUAACAAGGAAAGUGGUCAGGUUACUUUGAUCGGAAAUAUUGACUUUGAAGUAUCACGAUAUUUUCAAAUAAAUGUCCGUGCUAGUGAUGAUGGAGGUCUCACAGACUCUUGUAAAGUGAUGAUCGAUGUGCAGGAUGUAAAUGAUAACAAACCAGAAAUUAACAUAAUGUCAAAGUCAAACCUAAUAUCCGAGGAUGCUGUACUCAACACCGUUGUUACAAUGAUUAAUAUUGAAGAUAAAGACACUGGAGAAAAUGGAAAGGUGCAAUGUUUCGUGAGUGAGACAGUGCCGUUUAUUUUAAAAUCUUCAACUAAUAAUUUUUAUAGUUUAGUGACAGACAGUGAUUUAGACAGAGAGAGAGCUUCUGAGUAUAAUAUAACUGUGACCUGCUCUGAUGAAGGAGUACCCUCCCUCUCCAGCAGCGUCACUCUCACCUUACAGAUCUCUGAUGUCAAUGAUAACCCUCCUGUCUUUGAGAGGAGCUCAUAUGAGGCCUACACUGUAGAAAACAACACACCUGGUCUCUCUAUAUUCACAGUCAAAGCCACAGACUCUGACUGGAACCAGAAUGCUCGUGUUUCUUACAUACUGGAGGACUCCUCUGUUAACGGAGUGCCAGUCUCCUCAUAUGUGUCCGUUAGUGCUGAUAGUGGAGUCAUCCAUGCAGUGCGUUCUUUUGACUACGAGCAGAUCAAGGAUUUCCAGUUCCGGGUCAAAGCUCAGGAUGGAGGCUCCCCUCCACUCAGUAGUAAUGUGACUGUGAAAAUAAUGAUCCAGGACCAGAACGACAACGCCCCUCAGGUUCUGUACCCAGUCCAGACUGGUGGCUCUCUGGUGGCUGAAAUGGUGCCUCGUUCAGCAGAUGUGGGCUAUCUGGUCACUAAAGUGGUGGCUGUUGAUGUGGACUCUGGACAGAAUGCCUGGCUCUCCUAUAAACUGCAGAAAGCCACAGACAGGGCGCUGUUUGAGGUGGGCUUACAGAAUGGAGAAGUAAGAACUAUCCGCCAAGUCACUGAUAAAGAUGCAGUCAAACAAAGACUGACUGUUACAGUGGAGGACAACGGACAGCCCUCUCGUUCAGCUACAGUCAUUGUAAACGUGGCGGUGGCGGACAGCUUUCCUGAAGUGCUGUCUGAGUUCACUGACUUUACACACGACAAGGAGUACAAUGAGAACCUGACUUUUUACUUAGUUUUGGCUUUGGCUGUAGUUUCCUUUUUAUUCAUCACGUGUGUGGUGGUCAUUAUAUCAGUGAAAAUCUACAGAUGGAGACAGUCUCGCAUCCUGUAUCACUCCAAUCUGCCAGUGAUUCCAUAUUAUCCACCACGUUACUCCGACACUUUGGGGACAGGGACUCUCCCACACGUGUACAACUACGAGGUGUGCAGGACGACUGACUCCAGAAAGAGUGACUGUAAGUUUGGCAGAGCUGGUAGUCAGAACGUGCUGAUAAUGGACCCCAGUUCAACAGGGACGAUGCAGAGGAUACAGAGUGAAAAGAGCAUCCUGGAUGAACCAGACUCUCCUCUAGAGGUUGGUUUUGUCAUUGCUUUUCUCUCAGUGAUGUUGCUUUAGCUUUUAAUAGUGUUG